AUGUAUCUAUCUAUUCGGGAUACUCUGGGGCGUAUUGGGGGGUCCGAUGAGGUCUGGGAAGUUAGAAGUAAAGUAAAAGGGUAUAAAAAGGGAUUUCUAUUACGCCGGGUUACUAGAGAAACUAUUACGCUGGUCAAGUCUAUCGAAUUAUUAAGAGAAGAAAGGAAGCUUUUUUUCGUAACGCCCGAAGUAAGAGAAGUCUUGUUGGAAGUCCGUGCCCUGGGCCGCCCAUUCACCGGCUUUGCCCAUUCACUGGGCCGUUCCAUUACCGGCACUCCCUUCCAGCCGGGCGAACCGGGCGAAUUAGAACCCGAUAGGGGGCCGCUAGGGAAGUUAGGCGGCCGUUAA